CUGAAAAAGGGAAGACAUGGACGUCUACGGUGUGACGAUCAGACGGAAUACAUACUGACACUCAGGAUUUAUACAUCCAUUUGGUCAUGUGAUAUUUAUCUACAUUUUGGUGUUACAAAAAGGUGAUUGGAGUAUACCCAUUUUCGUAAAUAUUGAAAUCCAAUUGUGCGCUCUAAAUAGGGCCUAGUAGACAACCACUUGCCGAUCUGUCUGCUGAUUGAGAAUUAUCGGGAUGUGACAAAGGGAUAGGAUGAAUACAAUAAUUGUGAUUGUGAAAUGGAUAAUUUUUUGUUAACGCUAAAUGCUGCAGUUUAUAGGGCAAAUCAAGAUGGACAGACUGGAGGAGUCUUAUCGCCAUGGUGAUAGGUACACGGACACUGAGAGUCUGUAGGGUUUGUGAUCUUAUCAGAAAAGUCUUUGUUUCACUGGUUGUUUGGUCCAUCUAGAACCAGCAAUCAUGGCCGAUCUACUGCCAACAAGGUCGAAGCAGCGUGUGCACAUCGUGCGACGCAUGAGCAUGGAAACGUACAUGGUACGCAUAUAUCCAGGGUCACUCACUUACGAAUGCGAGUUCACCUCCAUAGAGGCAGAGAAAACAACAUCAGCGCUUGAGAUUGUCGCUGUCGCUGUAAACAAACUACGACUAGGUAGUUCAGAUAACUUUGAAUUAGCCGAAGUUUUGUCAACCGGUGGUCAGUUGUGUAAAGAAAGACGUCUCGAGCCGUCGGAAAACCCUGUACGUAUUCAGCUCUUGUGGCCAAAAAUCAUUAACGCAGAAAUGGAACGGGGUACUGGACUAACCGGAUAUAGGUUCUACCUGCGGAAAAAAGACCCGGAUAACCACAGUAGAACUUCCUCCUGGCAGGAUUACCAUGACAUCACAAGUCCUGCGGAUACCUUCCUCACUAGUUUCUUACAGUCACCCACGAACAACAAAGAAUACCCCGAUCUAUGUAACUUACCAGAUCUGAACGAACGGACACUUCUAGACAACAUUAAGUCGAGAUAUCACAACUCAAAUAUAUAUACAUAUGUUGGGUCUAUACUUAUUGCUGUUAAUCCAUUCAAGUUCUUUCCCAUUUACAACCCGAAAUACGUGAAAUUGUAUCAAAAUAAACGUUUAGGAGAACUACCCCCACAUAUAUUCGCAAUAGCCGAUGCAGCAUUCUACACCAUGUUGAGGACAAAGAAAAAUCAGUGCAUAGUAAUUUCUGGUGAGUCUGGGUCUGGAAAGACUGAGAGUACCAACCUACUGCUACAUCAUCUGACAGCCCUCAGCCAGAAGGGGACACAUGGCAGUGGGGUGGAGCAGACUAUACUAGGUGCAGGCCCUGUUUUAGAGGCAUUUGGAAAUGCAAAGACAGUUCACAACAACAACUCCAGUCGCUUUGGAAAAUUCAUCCAAGUCAACUACAAAGAGAAUGGCAUGGUACAUGGUGCCAUUGUGGAAAAGUACCUGCUCGAGAAAUCCAGGAUAGUCCAUCAAGCAAGAAAUGAAAGAAACUACCAUGUGUUUUACUACCUGUUGGCCGGGGCAGAUGAACAGGAGCGAGAGGCGCUGCAUCUUAGGAAACCAGAGGAGUACCAUUACCUCCGUCAGAGUGGCUGCUACCAUACAGAAGGAGUGGAUGAAGCACAUGAGUUUGCCCGGCUGAGACAGUCACUGGAAAUGGUCGGCUUCUCUCCUUUGACACAAAGACGAAUAUUUUGUGUAUUGUCGGCAGUGCUACUGCUGGGAAAUAUGGAAUUCAAGAAGAAGGGAGAUCAGCACCAUGACGAAUCUGUUGCCAUCAAAGAUGAAACUACAAUUCAGAUAAUUUCUAGUUUGCUCAAGGUGAAGGAGAAGACCCUAACGGAAGCUCUGACACAAAAGAAGACAACAGCUGGAGGGGAGACUAUGGUCAUCAACUACAAAAUGGUGGAUGCGUUGGCCAACCGAGACACCAUGGCCAAGUGUCUGUACGGUGCCCUGUUUGACUGGAUUGUCCUCAAGGUGAACCAGGCCCUGCUGGCCAAGCGACACAACAGUGAACACCAGGGAAAUUCAAUAGGUGUGUUGGACAUAUUUGGUUUUGAGGAUUUCAAGAAGAACAGCUUUGAACAGUUCUGUAUAAACUAUGCUAACGAGCACCUGCAGUAUUACUUCAAUCAACACAUCUUCAAGUUUGAGCAGGAGGAAUACAAAAAAGAGGGUAUCCAGUGGAAGAACAUAGAGUUUAUAGACAACACCGGCUGUCUGGAGUUGUUUGCCAGCAAGAGUGACGGCCUGCUGUGUCUGCUGGAUGAUGAAUGCAACUUCCCCGGCGCCACAAAUGAAACACUACUAGCCAACUUCAACCACCAUCAUAAGGGUCGGCCGUACUACCAGGUGCCGCAGCUGAAGGAGGGGGCGUUUGAGAUCAUGCACUACGCUGGCAAAGUCAAGUACCAAGUUAAGGAUUUCCGGGAGAAAAACAGCGACCAGAUCAGGAUGGACAUCGUCAGCGUGUUGAAGAGCAGUAACCUCACAUUUGUCAGAGAACUUAUGGGAAUUGAUCCAGUGGCUGUGCUGAGAUGGUCUAUAGUGAAGACCCUUGUCAAAAGUGUGUUCGCCUUUAUUGCCGAGGGCAAGAAGUUCAGAAGCAGGGGAGGCCUCAAAUCCAAUACACCAGCGAAAAAUCGGCGCCACUCGGACUACAUAAUGCCUGAAGCCUUGGCUGCCAGCGAAAACCUUCUCAAUGUCCACAGUGCGAGUUACCACCGUCACCAAGCCUUCUCUGGGCAGCGGUCUCUUUCCCCCCUGCAUGAACACCAAUAUUUUGCAUGUACUGUUGACACAUUUGAGGAUGGCUGUUCUGACGACGAUGCUGAUGAUGACAUCUUCAUCCGAUCUCUGGAUUAUGUCACUGAUGAAAAGGGAGACCUUGUCUUGACCAGUCCAGUGGAACUUUACUUACCCGAAUCGGCCAAACUCAUCCGACGCUCUACAAAAAUCAUCCUGAAAAACAAAUCAUUCCGACCAAAGCCAAAACCACCCACAAUGCUGAGGGACAUUAAGACCCUGAAGCAGAUAGCCAGUCGCACCAUGUAUGGGCGGGGCAGCAGAGACGGCAGUAGGAAGCAGAUGGCUAGUGUCAGCGCACAGUUCACGUGGUCACUUCAUCGUCUGAUGGCUACUUUGAACCAGGCGAAUCCAUUCUUUAUCCGAUGUAUUAAGUCUAACCCAGACAAGGCCCCCUGUGUGUUUGACGAUGCCAUGGUACUACGACAGCUGAGGUACACAGGAAUGUUAGCCACAGUGAAGAUCCGACAGUCCGGCUACAACUACAGACUUACGUUUGAUGAAUUCAUCCAGAUUUACAAAAUACUAUUACCAAAAGGCCUACUCAGUUCAAAAGAAGAUGUGAAGGCUUUUCUAGAGGAGAGACAUCUGAACAGUGAACAUUACCAGAUAGGCAUUACCAAGGUGUUCCUGCGAGAGAGUGAGAAGAUGAGGCUGGAUGAGGCCCUUCAUGGGGCAAUCAUGCAGCGUGUGGUGAAAAUACAGAGGUGGUUCAAAACCAACCUGGAGAGACAGACAUUCCUAAAGAUGAGGGCGGCUUGUAUUGUCAUACAGGUCUGUGGUCGCCGGUUCAUUGCUCAAAGGCGGUUGAGACGGAUUCGUCUGGAGAAAGAGGCAGCGCUCGUCAUACAGAAAUGUUAUCGGUGCUGGAGUGAGAGACGGCGCUACCUCAUCAUCGUCCAUAGUGUAACUGUGAUACAGAGUCUGGCCAGGGCCUAUGCUGCCAGGAAGCAGUAUAAGAAGCUUCUGGCUGAUGCAGAGUUGAGACGAAUAGAGGAGGAGGAAAAGUUACGGAAGAAGCAACAGGACGACCUACACUCUUCUAACAGUGACGAGGGCAUUCUGACGAAGGGCUCCAGUGCCGAGGAGUUGGACGAGAAAGACUACCCAAAUAUACAGCUACGGAGCCGUGACUCAGACGAGAGCAGUGGUAUCCACGAGGCAGACGAGUCUGACUCAGAGACACUGGCAGAGGACCAGAAACAGGGGUCAGUGGUCACUCUACCGCAGACUCCAACCACACCAGACCAGGACGUGUUGGUACGGCCUGCGGGCAAGACCAGGGACGAUGAAUACCUCCAUCACUCCCACUCAUCAUCAAGGGUUUCAGACCUUGCCAAAGCAUUCCAGACAGAUGGGGAGACGAAAUCGGAUCGUCCUCUCAGGCCGUCAAUUGUCGUUGAAAGAGGCCACCAACCGAAAAGACGCCCAAAAAACUCUCCGGCUCCUCUCGCAAAGCAAGAGUCGUUUUCUGAUCUGGAGUCGUCCCCCACUAGUCCAGACACCUCUGUGAUAUCCCGGGAGACACUCCAGGAAAUAGACGACUGCCUGAAGAAAAACAAGGACAGACAGGAGACUCCCCAACAGCCACUAUCCCCCACCGGCGACUUGUCCAAGAACCGCAGCCCCUUCCGCAGAGCUCGACGACAGUUCAAGAACAUCAUGGGAGAUUUGAGGGAGUCCAAUAAGAGUUGCAAUGCUUAUCACCUAAUGCGCCAUAGACCAUCAUUGCGAUUCCUCCAUAGAGAGAAGUCUAACAAGAAAGGAAAGAAGGACUCGCAGGACGACAGUGAUGAGGACGAAGUAUUACAACAGAACAGUUCAGCAGACUUCCACACACGAAUUGGUGUAUCAGUUUUACCUGUAGAGUUACCUGCCCCUAAGUCGCCGACAACCAGGAAGGGGUCAGUGCAAGGAUCUCAGGAGGAUCUGAGCUCAGUGUCCAACACGGACCGACCCGACCGUAAAGGCAGAAAGAAACGACAGGACAGGAAGCCUGUUGAGCUGGAGAAGAAGUCCUCGUCACCUCAGAGGAAUGAGUGGACAUUGUCAGGCACCUCCCUGUGGCAAUACCCCGAGGAUCUAGGUCUCAAGGACAUCUCCGAGAUCUUGCAGCUUGAUGAAUUCAUUCAUAAAAAACUUUCAGCUUAUAAUAAAGACUGUGCGAGAAGGGACACAAUAUUUGAUGCUGUAUUUAAAAGAUCGCUGAAGGAGUUUCACAGAGACAUGCAAGCUCUUAUAUCUGUGGAGAAAAAGAAGAUAGAAAUACAUGUGCCAUACCGGAACAUCUUUGCCAAGUUCGUCCACACAUUAGAUGCUGAAGUAAAAGCUGAGGGUACCAAUGCCUCCUUUCCCGUCACAAUGGGCAUCAACGCUUUCCGUGGCUUUAUGGACGAGUUCAUCAAAAACCACAAGAAAGAAAAGAAGAAGGAAGACAGAAAAACAGAAACUAGGGCGCAGAAACGAGAACAUAAGAAAAAAGAUGUGUUGGAAUACCAGGGACACAAGUUCAGCCUGGUGCAGUUUGGUAUUCCCACAUUCUGCGAGUUCUGCAGUAAUAUCAUUUGGAUCAUGGAGAAAGGGAGUGUUUGUCAAGUUUGUAAAUACACCUGUCAUCGGAAGUGUGUGACGAAAUCUGGCAACACAUGUAAGGGUGUUCACGAUACGCAGGCUGGAACGGCCAGAUGUGUUUUUGGUGCUCCACUGGCGAGUCUUAUCUCGGAAAAAGACAAAAUACCUGUGGUAGUAGGGAAACUGAUCAACCUGGUGGAACUGCAUGGCCUGUAUACUGUGGGGGUUUACCGGAAGAGCGGCGCCAAUGCCAAGGUCAAACUUCUGAAGCAGAACCUUGACUGUGGAAAAGAAGACUUGUCAGAUAUAGACCUCGUGGAGUUUAAUGUUCACACUCUGGCCUCCACAUUGAAGAAAUACUUUGUAGAACUACCUGAACCCCUGCUGACCUUUGACCUUUAUGAUGAUUUCAUCAGGACAACAGAUAUCCAGGAUGAGAAGGAAAGAAUUCAGUCUCUAUAUGCUGUUAUAGACAAACUACCCAAGAUCAACUUCGACCUGUUUGAGAGGCUUAUAUUCCACCUGGCCAGGGUAGCUCACCAUGAGGCCUUCAAUAAGAUGUCUGUGACAGGACUGUCCAUUAUAUUUGCCCCUUGUCUGCUGCGGACGAGCAGGAACCUACAGGCACAGGACUCGCUCAGCCAGGUGCCAAGACAGACCAAGGUGAUAAACCACAUCAUACAGGAACAACUAUAUAAGCUGAAAUCUACCCUGGAGGACAUCAGUACCCUGGAGACUGCCGCAGAGACGGCCACAGACCGACUCAAUGUUGUCAGGGCCAGCAUGAGGAAGAGUCCUAUAGAGGAGAAAAAGCGAGUGUCUGGAGUCUCAGUGACCAGCGGUGAGUCCCUAGACGGGAUGACGCACGCGGAGGAGAUGGCCCUACGCUCACACAUCAGGUCCAUCAGAAAGGAAAAAGAUAACCUAACAUCCAACUUGCCAAAUUUGGAGUGUCGUCAUCUGAGUUCUGAUGACGAGGUUCUGAGUACGGACGACAUGGACAGUACAUACGAUACAGCCGACGACUUUGAAGACCAAGAGGAGUACGCCCUAACCUUUGAACUCCCAGUCAGUCCCCCAACCCAGCUGAAGCACAUGACAAAGCGGAGAGCUACACUUCCACCAAGGCGCCUACCAACACGUUAUACGCAGGCGGUGAAGAGGCGGAGACAUUCGGAGGAUUCUUACGGUGGUGAGGACCUUGUGGACUCCGGUGAACAUGGUGUAAAUGACCCGGUAUCUCCUGGGAACUAUGAUGCCGUGUUUUUAGUGGGUCAAGGUCGUAUUCCUUCCUACGACUCCAGUUAUCUUACGAUCCCAGGACUGCAGAAUAUAGGGGAGGAGGACGAAAUCAUGGUGUGAUUCUGUGGUUAGCCUGUGUGGAUGUGAAACAUUCGGUCAGAAAUGUACCAUGGACCUGUAUUGUAACCAUCAGUCUGUACGAAGGUGUACUGUAACAGUGGGAAUGGAUCAGUAACAAUAUUGAGUAGGUGGUUCUCUUGAUGUUUCUGUUAUUACAGGAGAACCUUGUCUAAAACUCAAUCUGUCCUUGGUUUCAUGCUCAAGGCUGCUUAGUCUCCAGGGCCCAGUGGUUCGAAGCCAGAUUACAUUAACAAACCUUUGACGUAAAUGUUUGAACCAUGUAUUUCCUCAUAUCUGAAAUUUAGAACUAAAACUACAUGAAGACAAGUGUUUGAAAUUGUAAUCCAAAGACAAGAAAAGCAAAAAAAUCAAAAACAUCAAAAACAAUCAUUAAGGCGAAAGGGGCAGUGUAAAUUUGGCCAAGUGGUUAACAUUCCAGCCUUCCGCACUGUUUUUUCCUGCCCACAGGACUGUAUUAGAUAAGGUGGAGUAUAGAAUGGUCUGGGAUGGGUGCUACUCAGUGUCUGUAAUGUAGAAUUAAACUGAGGUAGGAAUAAGGACAAUAAAAUCACGUUUUAAAACAUUUGUGUGAUGGAUAUGUUCAGCUUAUAAACAGGCUUUAAAGAGCGGGCAAAUUCAGAACAAAAAACUACUGGCAUGUUUAGGUCCAUGUAUGCUUAUAAGGUGUUGAUUAGUUUAAAUAUAGAAGUAUAGGCCAAGAUGUGUCAAUAUAUACACUAUAAUGGAAGAAGAAGACAUGAUGUAUAAUAGCACAAAUUUCAUUUCAAUAAUUUUUCUUAAAUUUUUUUUAGUUAAUUUUUGAAAUAUAGGAAGCCAGCUUCUCAUGACAAAAUUUUUAGAUUUCAUUUUAACAGUUUUAUAUUGCAGUAUGGUUCAUUUAUUGACACUUGUUUUCUAGAUGAAGUAUUGAGUUUUUAGUGUACAUCAUUGUCGCACUUGUUUCUCCACCUAAUGAUCAUGGUACUAGCUUUUCUGAUCGUGUGCUGGAGUUGAUGUUCAUAUUCUGUGUUUGGGCUGACCAAUAGUGUCAAGGACCAAAAUGGUGCAAUACUGUCUGUUAAAAUUGCUUUUAAUUUAUAGAAAACCAGUUACUUUUUAUCUGCUUUACAAACCAACUUGAGUAUGAUUGUUUUUUUAAACAUUCAUCUUAACUUUCAAGAAAAGUAUUUAGCUUUUUUUUCUUCAUUUGUGGUUUCGGAGGUAGAUGGUAAUAGGAAAGUCUUGACACAUGGUGCAGUAUACGUUCAUUAUGGUCUAGUAUUGCCAAGGUGCUGGCCAAUCGUUUCAAUUUAUCACCUGAUCCCGAAAUGAUUUUUUGGGUUUUUUAACAUUUUGAAAAUAGUAAAUAUGUUCCUUCUUUCUGCCAAUGAUGUGUUGCUAUCAUUUAUCACUGCGAAUGUUGUUGAGGUGGUUUUUUUAGGGGGGGGGGGGCUAGAAAUUUAGCUAGUUUGUGAAGUCUUGGAUGUGUAGAUCAAAGCGAAGGAUUUUGUUGGACUGUGAGCCACUUAUGGAUGUUCAAUAUAGUCGAUGAUAACUUACUAGAUAUAUAAUAUUAUAGAUGGGUUUUCCUGUUGAUUUUGGCAGAAAGUCCUAGAUUUUGUGAAGUAAAUUGAGAACUUUGGGGUAAAUAUCACCCUGCAUGUUCACUGUAAACAUAGAAACAGAAGUACAUGUAGAUGUUACUCGACCUAUGCUGAAAUGGACUUGUCCUGUAUCCAUGCAUAGAAAACAUAUGGCCAUGGUACAGCUUUAAACCCAUUUAAAUAAUUGCCCCAUGUAUGCCAUAUACUGCAUUAAAGAUACCAGAAGUCAGUGGGAACACCUCUUUAUAGUGCUGUUUGUGUUAUUGUAUAGAUAAUAUACAUUGUAGCAAUGUUCUAAGAGUAUAGGACAAACAAACAUCUGCCAGACAUUUUUAUCUGGCACCUAGGUGAUAAUACAACUUGUAAUCUAGUCAGCUCGGCCGCACAACACACAAAGGGGAGAUAAGUCUGUGAUCGGUAGAACUAGUAUGUGAUUAUACACUUGCAAUGUAGUAUCUUGUGAUUAAUCAAAACAAUAUCUUGUUUUGUAUUUUACCGCAAAAAGGGGUGAUUUGGCUUUAAGUUCAUACAUGUAUGAAUGCUCAACUUAGUUGACUGGGAGGUUUAUGGGUCACCCUGAAAAUGAAUUGUUUUUCUGGUCUUGGAUGAGAAAACUUUGAAAAAAAAUAGUUGUUAACUUUAAUUGAAUUAAUUAAGUACACGGUUCAAUGGUUUAACUGAAACUAACAUGUUUUUCUGGUCUUUGUUGAGAAAACUUCAACAAAAAUAGUUGUGUAUUUCCUAUAUGAUGAAUGAUGGUGUCAUGUAAGGUGUCAAGACUUUUAUAACACGAUUUUAACUAAGGUUGACCAGUGAUGUGUUUGACCAUUGACUGGACAGUGAAGUGGACACUUAAAACAUUCCAGGCUCUCAUUGUUAUUGAUGUUUAUGAUGUACGUACUGUGUAAUGUUUCUAUCAUUGAAUUAUGAAAUAUGUCUUAACUCAUUAACCCCUGAAAUUUCAUAAUGAAUUAUUCCAACCUUUGAAUUGGAAGAGUUCAAAUGUGUCGUCAGGGGUGAUUGAGAUAAACACAUUCUUUACAAUGUCAACAUCAGCGUCCUUGAUCAACAUUGCUGUGUGUAAAAAAAAUAUACUUAUUUGAGUAUAUCCUCCAGUCAGAAUAGUAUAUCCCCCAGUCAGAAUAGUGUAAGUGUUUAUUACAUGUAUAGGGUGGAUGAUGUUUACUCACUCCCCUAACCAAUUUACUAGGGCUGCGACGAUAUAUCGCAACAUUUUGAAUACAGUACGAUGCACAAUAAUUUUGGGAGGUCACGAUACACCUAUGAUAUUUUCCAGAUUUUGCUGCUUUUGAAUUUAGUCAACUCAUAUCCGUUCCCACAUGGCAAGUGACAGCUUAAGCUUGGCAUGCACGUCGAAAGACGUGAAUUGUGUGAAACUUUAAAGUCAUGCCCAUUCUGGACCAGGUCUAUUUCCUGUUGUAGUAAUGCCAUUAAAAAUUGUCCACAUAACUUUUCUCUUUGGUUCUACUGUUACUAUAUAUAUCGCGAUAUGUAUCGUACGGUGACCACGGUAUUGUGAUAGGUAUCUUCACAGAUGUUUUGUAAACUGUCAGAACUGUUGUCCCGAGGUGCUAGGGAAGACUUGGAAAACUGUUAAACCAAGGAGUAGCUAUCUACAAUGGACAACAGUUUUGACUGUCCCUAAAACGUUACCCAAAUAACAAGAUGGGGGAUGUGCGGGAAAUCAUUAUGGAUAUACAUAUAGCGCAUGGAACAGUUUUACCGUUUCAUCCCUAAUGGGGGAAGCCAAGAGGAGAGAAAUCAUUAUGCACAGAUUUAUUUACUGCGCUUGGAACAGUUCAUUGGGAACAGGAGACGGUUAACCGUUUCAUCCCUCACGGAAGAAUGAACCAAGAAAACAGUUCUUAAACAUUAAGUUUUACCAUUUAUAAUGAGAACAUCAGGUAAAAAUUUGCAAUAAAUACCAGUAGUGAUUUAUUUCUGUCGUACACCCCUUCGUAGUUAACCUCUGUAUUCACUUAAUAGACAAGACUCAUGACUUCAGAAAAAACAAGUUGAAAAAUUGAUUCAGUUUUAAAAAGUGAUUCUGAAAGGAAGUUUUUGGUUUGUGUUUCAGUGUAGAAUUUCAAAUAUCAGUGUCAAAAUAACCAAAAAAAAAGUAGUAGUGACAUGUAUUGCUUUAUAUUGGGUCACCUUUUGACCUGUUUAUGUAUGAAUAAUACCUGAGAAAUUAUUUACAAACUGGUAAUAGGAGAAUCUUCACUAUUUCUUUUAUUAGAAGCAAUAGACUUGUUGCUGAUUUCUGAUAUAUGCAAAUAUCAUUCUAUAUAAAUAUAUUAUCAUAUAAUAGUUGCUGUGUGUAAACGAGUCUGUGAUAUUCCAUUAAUUAAUAAACAUGUACUUUGUGCCUUUUUAAUUUUUAUGUGUAGCUAAGGUAGAUAGUUCCUAAGUGUAACUUUUUGUUCCGUUCUGAUGCAAACAUUUUCAUUUAGAUGUGAUAGUGCUCUAUAUAAAUUAUGUACAUUAGGUAAUUGUGCAAUGUUAGUUAUAAUAAUGAAUUCAAAAGGGUGAUGUUCAUUUUAACGGCUCCUGAGGUUUGAAACAAUCAUGAUUUUUUAGAUCAAUAUUUUAGUUAUCGCUUUGUAUGUAUUUUGUAACAUUUAUUUAUUUACUUUAGUUGAAAACAGACUGGUAGUCAUUUUGGUCAGAAAUAAACCAAAGGAAUUUUUGUGACCCUAUUUAAUAGGUGUGAGUGACAUUACAAGUCUGUUGUUAUAUAACUACAUUUCUAAGGCUGGGUGUGUAGCCAACUGAAAUUGUUAUUUCAUUUCCGUUUUGCCAUGUAAACAAGCAAUACAUGUAUUUCUGAACAUAUAACUUGAUGAAAAGACACAGACUUGGUAUAAUGUUUGAUAUGCAGAAUGUGAUUGUGUAUUUAGAAUAUAGACAUACAUGUUACCUCUGACCCGACUCUCUUAGACCUCAGAUGGAAAUUUAACUUGGCAUAGAACGAAGAGCCUUAUUACUGGCUGUAAAUAUUGUUGACUCGACAUUGAAUGUGUUACGUGAUGCACAAUAUUUCACGUGGCAUUUGAAAACUGAAUUAAAAUCGACGUAACGCCAAGUGUUGUAAAAGUUUCAUGGAGCUUUCAGACAGGUGUGCCAUAAUAAAAGCCGAUUUAGAAGAAAUCCAGCUGUGAGGUACCCGUUCAAUGAUGAUGUGACUAUCGAUGUAUAGAAUAUUUAUUGCCGUAUAAUCAUGUUAAGACUUACUAUACCGAUGUCCGAUAGACAAUGUAUACCUGUAGAAGUAUCCACUACAACAGUACUAUUACAGUACUCUUAGAAUUGUAGCGUCGUCAUGAAUAAUCUGUAGUAUUCUAGUACUCCUACCACGCAGAUCACUUUUAUUUCACGCAUUUAAUUUUGCGUAUGUUUGCAUUAGUUAUCGAUGAUGUAUCAUACGAACAAUUACUCCGACAUACACAUUGAGUAAAACACAUUAUUGUCAACACAUAUAUGUAAAGAAAGUCAGUUUCGAAAAAUUAAGUCAGUGAAAUAUGAGUAAUCUAGAGUUAUAGCUCUGUAGUAUUUUAGAAGUGAUGUGAACCACAGCUAUAGUCAAGCUUUAUUGCUCAAACUCAAUGCAAAUCGUACGCUUAUUAUAUUGACUUGUGUGUCGGUCUUCGCGACAUUGUGUAAAUAGACAUGUGUCUGCUUACUCUGCAAAGUGUAAAUAUGAACACGUAUCAAAGUGUAAAUAUGUACACGUAUCAAAGUGUAAAUAUGUACACGUAUCGGCUCAUUUGUCAUAGUAUGCACAGGUGUGUCGACGGAGGAAUUACAUGUAAGCCUACGGUUUAUGAUGCAAGACACGUUUAAUAAACUUGAAAUGUAUUACGUCUGUAUUAUACUGAAUAUGCUUUAGAUGUUUUAGAGAGCUGAGAACUCCCUUUUCCAGUGUUUUAGGGAUCUCUGUUUUAUUUCAUUCCAUAAUUGUCUUGUGUUCUGUCCAAUUAUGAUACAGGACAAAGUUCAUGCAAACUUUCGUACGUUUGUACGGUUUGUGAAUGUCGUCAAAUCAAACGAUUUGUGCCAUUUAUUUUACGUUACUGUUUUUAGAGUGUUUUAAGUUGACAAUAGAAUCCUUCAAAGUAUAAAUCAUCUGAUCAUCAUCCAUCACAGAAAUGUUAUCCACAGAGUAUUCCAUUGACGAGAAUAUGUCAAAUGUUUUAACAUUGACCUGUACAAGGUAUUUGACUCUGUUUUGUUGUAUGUACAUUGCUAAGGGUUUGUAGUGGAGGAUGCUCACUGCCACACUGGUGACUGUGACAGUGCUUGGAGCGACAGGAAGUGAGAGUAAGGGAGAUAACUCAAGUGUCUUGCAGAACAAGUGGUGUUUGAGAGUGAUUAAGUCGGAGCAAUACUAUCAAUAAUAAAAAUGUAAUAUAAUCAUGAAA